AUGCUAAAUCGGACCUUAUGUGACCCGCCUAUUGCUCUUAGUUUACCUCCAACACCGAAAAAACGUGAAAUUAAACAUAAAGAAACGAUCGAUGAAGAUCGAGCAGAAGAAGCAUCUGAAUGCCUUCUUUAUCCAUUAUUAUUUCCUCCAAAACUUGAAUCAGUAUCACAUGCUCCUAUUUUAUCCUCGCCUUAUACUCGAUCCAUCGAUGGAUUAAGUAAAACGGAAAUGAAAAAUCUUCCUAUCAACAGUCAAUUAUCCACAAUUACAUCACGUAAAAUUCGUACGGUAAACACUCCAACCAUGUCAGAAUUGGCAAGAUUAAUUAAAAUUAAUUCAUCAGCAAAGGAAAAACGAGGGACAGAUGGAGGACGAUUGCUGAAAAAGAAUUGUUCCAUUCAUGAAUGUGUCUAUCCUGGAUGCUAUAAGAAAUACAGUAAAAGUUCUCAUUUGAAAGCUCACAUGAGGAUACAUAGUGGUGAAAGACCGUACCGUUGCAGUUGGCCAUCAUGUCUAUGGAGAUUCGCAAGAAGUGACGAGUUGACAAGGCAUUAUCGAAAGCAUACCGGUGACCGUCCAUUUAAUUGUACCUUAUGCUGCCGGUCAUUCUCACGUAGCGAUCAUCUCAAGUUACAUGUGAGACGUCAUUAUAGCGGCUAGAAGUUCAUGAUUACUCGUUAUUCAACAAUCAUACCAUAUCCCAACCCCAUGUCAGUAUUAUAUGCGAUUCCAUAAAAGAUUCCCAUGAAUACUGCGAC